UCUAGGCUAUAACGCGAUUCGGCACCGGCCGCGCUCAAACCGAUCCAAAUCAUGCGUUAUCUAUUACUUAACGUUUGAAUCUUGUGCAACCCGGCACUCUCCCGGACGCUUAGCAACGUCAAAUUUUGACGAAGAUUUGUCUUAAAUGUUGUUUAUGAUGAAUAAAGCAUAUUUCUAUAGAACUAUAACAACGUACAGGAAAAAAUCCAGCUUAACGCAUAUUUUUAUUUAAUUUUUUAAAGAUUACCCAGAUUAUACAAGAACAAAGGUUUUUGCGACACUAAUUUGUGGAAAUGUGUCCCACACCCUCAUGCUAGAUGACCUUCGUGUUUUUUUUUUGCCGUUACCACUUCGUGUAACUCUAUAUACAAUUGCAAUGCAACCAUGGCCUUAUUUAUCGCAAUGCACAUAUUUUUGUUAGCAUUAAAGGCCUAAUUACGAGCUAAACAUGAACCUCUUGAGCAUCAUACCUCCGGAAUUAAGGUAUCGGUAUUUCAUCAUUCAGCUGGCCAUCCGCAUCGUCCUUUACCUGGUGUUCUUGGCUACGGAGCGCCUCGAGCCAGCCGUGCGUGAGAUGACCGAGAGCCAGGCGUGGCGUCACAGCUACCCGGUCACCAAGAGUUACGUCUCCACCACCGCCCUCUGGAACAUCAUCUACAGCGUGCCGCCAGCCACUUUGACGCCUGGCCUCCUCCUCACGGGCGACUGGCAGGACCUGCGUCAGGCGGCGCUAGCCUUCUCCCUGGGUCUCCUCGCCAACGGGCUGGCUGUGAACACGCUGAAGAGCAAGGUGGGCCGGCUGCGGCCCGACUUCCUGGCGCGCUGCCACCCGGCCGGCCGGCCGUGGUUCGGCACCGGCUGCUCCGGCGACGCCCGCCACGUGGCAGAGGGGCGCCUGAGCUUCCCCAGCGGGCACGCCUCCUUCUGCAGCUGCCUGGCCGCCUUCGUCUGCCUCUACUGGUCGGGCAAGGCGCGCCUCUUCCGCGACGAGUCCCGCCGCCGCUGGCGGCCCGUGCUGGCCGCGCCGCCGGCGGCCGCCGCGCUGGUGGCCGUCAGCCGCGUCUGGGACCAUCACCACCACUGGGAGGACGUCGCCGUCGGGUACGGCAUCGGCGUCGUCAGCGCCAUCGCUGCGUAUGGCUGCUACUACCCGUCAGUGCUGGGAUCGGACGCGGGCAAGCCGCGCCCGAGUGCGGGAGACCCGGAGGUGGCCACGUGAGGGUGCUUUGACAGGAGCUGCGUGAGGUGCAAAGUUACGUGGCAUCGUCCUUUAGAGCGUAGAGUAGACGCUUGCAAGCCUCCUGCGAAAUCGGUCAUGUUCUGUCUGCUUCAGUCAACAUCUGUAGAUUGGCGGUUUGCAAUUGUUUGGUGUUACCCCUCAAUCUGCUGCAUAAAUCACCGGUGGUUAACUUCGUAUUUCGUUCUUGCGUGGCAAUUAAGAUCCUGCUGUCAGCAUCGCGCGGUCCAAAAGGCGGUUUGCACCGAACUGGUUUGCUAAUACGUUUUCCAAAAAGCUCACGACGAGCUGAAGCCAGGAAAGAGAACAGCAUGUCAUGUGUCGCGAGAACAUAGCUAACCGGACCCUCUUCCACGGAUUCGAUUAAGCUUCAUGUCAUGAAAAACGUACGCGGUUCUUGUAAACUCUGCAUAAAACACCCGGUCAUGAUAGAGCCAUGUCAUCAUAAGACCGUCCCAGUCGAUCAAUGGUGAGCAGAAUAAUUAUCCAGGGUAUCUGGAAACAUGGCUUUGUGAAAGUGACGAGUAAAUGCAAUCAUGAACAUCACGAAAAGAAAUCGCCUUGAAUUGUGGUAACGCCGU